AUGACGAUCGAGAAGGUGGUGGUUCAUCCACUUGUCUUGCGUAAUAUCUUCCACAAGCACCAUUGCGUCGUUAAAAACACGGGAAGGCGUGGUGUCGGUGUUCUUCUCGGCUGGAGGCACCGUGGUAUCGUUAGUGUCACCAACAGCUGCGCAGUGCUUUUCAAGGAGGAUUCCAUAUGGUCUUUUGAUCAGACCCACCACAAGUCAAUGCUUCGUAUGUUCGAGAGCUUCAGUGAGCGUGACGUUGUGGUUGGUUGGUACAGCACCUCCCCUGAACCUCAUGUGAACAAUUUGGAUAUUCACGCUGUGUUCAGAAAAUGUACUACAGUGACUCUCCGUGGAGAAUUUGCAGAAGAGAAGGCACUCGCACUCAACGGGACUGACGUGGAAGGAUGGACAGUAACCGUGAAGGUUUUACCGCCAGCGAUGACCGAGCUGAUGUCAGGGAAGAGUCCGCGCGAAUUGGCCCUUGAAUACCUCGCCCACAACUGCUAA